CGAGUCACUCAUGGGCGGGUCCACCCGCCUCCAGCAGUCAGUCCGAGAAACCCGAGAGUGCACCAAAGUAGCAAAACACAAACAUGGCGCCUACUUGCUGCCAUAUAGGCUAGUGUUGUACAGAAACAAAGUUUCCAGGAAUAAACGGCGCGCUCGCACUGAGUGGACGUUUCAUUCUCGCUUGAGACGGAGUGGACAGGCUGAAAGUUGCAACUUGCCUACAUGUCAUCGUGUUUUCCUAUAGUGCUCUGAACGGCUGGUCUGUCCAGCCAUGAUUGAGGAUAAAGGUCACCGCGUGACGGACUACUUCGUUGUAGCUGGCCUCACAGACAAGUCCACACCACUAGAGCAGGAUCUAUCUGAAGCCAAGUCCAGUGGGCCCAAGGCACCUAUUACAGACCUAGCCGUCAUCAACAAGUCUGCAGGAGAAACAGUCCCUGAAGGUUUCACAUGUAUUGAGAGCACCUACAGUGGCCAGCCGGCCAAUCUCAACCAUGGCAGCCUCAAGAGCCCAGAACUAUUUUUGUGUUACAAGAGGGGACAUGGAAAGCCCCCACUCAUUGAUGUCGGGGUCCUGUAUGAGGGUAAAGAGCGUCUCAUUCAGGGUUGUGAGGUCAUUGAGGCCACACCAUUUGGCCGCUGUGCAAACGUCAACAACAGCUCUGCCACAUCUCAGCGCAUAUUCAUCACAUACCGCCGAGCACCCCCCGUCCAGCCCCAGAACUCACUGGCUGUGACUGACAUCUGUGUCAUCAUCACAAACAAGGGCGAGACUCCUCCUCACACUUUCUGCAAGGUGAACAAGAACCUCAACUGUGGCAUGUGGGGAUCAAGUGUGUUUUUGUGCUACAAGAAGUCAGUUUCCGCCUCUAACUCCAUCAACUAUAAGGCUGGUCUGAUCUUUCGCUAUCCUGAGGAGGACUAUGAGUCAUUUCCCCUCUCUGAGUCUGUACCCCUCUUUUGCCUGCCUAUGGGGGCCAAGAUUGAGUGCUGGGCUCCUAACACACGCUACCCUUUACCCAUCUUCUCAACAUUUGUCCUCACCAACUCCAAUGGGGAAAAGGUGUAUGGAGCUGGAAUACAGUUCUAUGAGCCAUAUCCUGUGGACAGCCUCAGUGAGAAACAGAAGAUCCAGCUGGGUCUGGUCUCCACUGUGGACAAGAAGGUCAUACCCAACCGCACGGUCAACACCAACAAGUGCAUCUGCCUACUGUCCCGCUGGCCUUUCUUUGAGUCCUUCAAAAAAUUCCUCAUGUUCCUUUACAAGCUGUCAGCCAAUGGAGUCAACCCUCUGCCCAUUGAGAAACACAUAUCCCACUUCAUGCACAAUGUCUCCUUCCCUUCUCCUCAGAGGCCAAGAAUACUGGUCCAGCUGUCGGCACAUGACACCUUAAUCCUGUCCCAACCUGUUUGUACACCUUUACCAUUAAGUGGAGCAGACUAUGGGACACUGCUCAUGAAUCUGGGCCCAGAAAACUGUGCCACACUGCUACACUUUGUCCUCCUAGAAAGUAAGAUCCUGUUGCACUCCCUGAGACCAGCUGUACUGACUGGAGUGGCUGAGGCCGUUGUGGCGAUGAUCUUCCCAUUCCAGUGGCAGUGUCCGUAUAUCCCUCUUUGUCCUCUGUCUCUGGCGGGUGUCCUUAAUGCACCAUGUCCCUUCAUUGUGGGCGUUGACUCUAGAUACUUUGACCUCUACGAUCCCCCACCCGACGUGGUCUGUGUGGACUUGGACACCAACACUAUAUACUUGUUUGAUGAAAAAAGACACAGUAACUGGAAGAAUCUCCCAAAGAAGCCCUGCAAGAGUCUUAUCAACUCUCUAGGAAACCUGCACCAGCAGCUUGCCACUGUUCGGCGUGCAGCACUUGAAGGCUUGGCAGUGGAGAUGACCCCUAUUGAGGCAGACUUCACCUGGCAUAAAAAAAAGACAGAGUUGGAGAUGGAGAUCCAAGAGGUGUUCCUGCGUUUUAUGGCCUCCAUACUGAAGGGCUACCGAACCUACCUCAAACCCAUCACACAGGCACCUUCUGAUAAAGCUACUUCUGCAGACUCACUCUAUGACCUGCAAGGAUUCUUGAAGAGUAGAGAUCGUGCUCAUCAAAAGUUCUACUCUCAGCUCACCAAGACUCAGAUCUUCAUCCGCUUCAUCGAGGAAUGUACUUUUGUCAGCGACAAAGACACUGGCCUGGCUUUCUUUGAUGACUGCAUUGGAAAACUUUUUCCUUCCGACAAAGGACCUGACAAGGGUACAAAGGUCGAAGGUGAGUCGUCUGAGGACACCAGGCUGAUGGAACUGGAUGAGUCGCAGAAGAGCGAGCACACAGUCUUCGUCAUGCCUCCUGAACCACCUCCAGAAGACGGUCCUGACCCCCCUCCCAAAUACAGUUAUAAGAAUUUCCCUUGUUUACGGUUGGAGUUGUUUGAUCGUCCGCAAGAGCUGAGACCAGCGCUGAGUACAAGAACUGCAGGAGCCAGUGUGUCCAGCAGCCCUGCUCUGUUGGCCAAAAGAACGAAACAGGAAAUCAAAAUGGCCUACAAGUUGGCAAAGCGUUUCUAUUCCAAUCCACCCCAGUGGGCAAAGUGUCUGUUUAGUCACUGCUACAGUCUGUGGUUCAUCUGUCUUCCUGCCAGCGUGCGUACAGCCCAGUCCAAACCCCGUGCUAUGCAGCAGGCCUUCAAUGUUCUGCUCAAGAUGAGGAGCUCUGAAGUGGAGGUGCUUGAUGAGGUGUGUUACCGUGUGGUGAUGCAGUUGUGUGGUCUGUGGGGGAUGCCCGUCAUGGCUGUGCGUGUCUUAAUGGAAAUGAAAAAGGCUGGAGUUGAACCCAAUGCUAUUACAUAUGGAUACUACAACAAGGCUGUCCUGGAAAGUCCUUGGCCAAGCCGUAACCGUAGCGGACUCUUCAUGUGGACCAAAAUGCGGAACCUGGUGCGAGGAGUGGUGCAGUUUAAACAGGCAUUGCGUGGGACAGCUCUUCUUAGAGGUCCUUCUCUGAUAACCACAGAGCCUUUAGCAGGAACAGCAGCAGGUGCUGAUGGAGACAGACUGAGUCAUGGCAGUGUAGACAGCUCAAAUGAACCUAUUGUAGAGGAACACAUACUCUUCUCCCACAGCCUUAUAGCCGGUCAGUCUGAUCAGGGUUAUGGAUCUAAGGAUGAGCUGCCCCAGGACCUUGCAGAUGGACCUGUAACCUCUACUUCUCUGUCUACCAGCCAGACCAGCAACAGCAAAGCAACCAAGACCCAAAAUGGGGAUGAUAUUGCUAGUUCUGUGGACAGUGUUGUAGCUGUGACGGAGCCCCCUAGCCCUGCUGAGAUGGCACCUUUUGUAGCCAGCAUUGUUAAACUGUCCUCUGAGAUCCCUGUCCACUUCGACAGCACUACAGGCAGAGAAGAAACUGGUGUUUGUACAGGUAAGCUCUUCAUGCCCCGUAAAAAGAGUGAAGAUGUCACCCUGCCUGUGGAGGAUGAUUCUGCAAUCCCAGAUUCACAUGUCUCACAGUCUGGACAGCAGCAGAGGGUGAAAGCCUUCAUGGAGCGCAGCUGCAGUUUUAGUGCAGAGAGCAAAGCCGGCAUGCUACAAAAGAAGGGCAGUCUGGAGCUCAGCGCUGAUCACAUGGGCGCAGAUGCAAAAAUCCUCGCAGCCGUGUUCUCUGGCAGCCUGACCCCUCCUCCUUUUGCAACCAUCGCUCCCUUUAAAGAGUUUAAGAUGGAGGCUACACUGAGCCCUGCCCUCCAGGAAGAGGAACAUGAAAAUAAGCCGAAGAAGGAGCACAAAGCAUUAAGUUCUGCAGAAGAGAAAGUAGAGAAAAGUAGUGAGCAGCAAGAUUCCAUAGAUGCAGCAGCAUCCCAGGGGAGUGAAGGAGUUGGGCGAACCAUAAGCACUGGUUCCUCCUCUUCUAAAGCUGUGGAGAGGGAGGAUGUUGAGGUGGGGGCGGAUCCUCUCUCGCUCCUUGCCUCUGAAACUGAGGAUGCAACCUCCAUUCAGAGCCAGGAGUCCACACGGCCCUUUCCACCUGUGGUGUCAAGGAAUCUUGCAGAUGAGAUUGAGAUGUACAUGAGUGGUAGACCCCUAAGUGGUAGCUCUCCCAGCAUGGAGUUGCAACAGGGAUUAAAUCAUGAAUCAAUUAACUGUCCAGACUCUCCUGCAGUUAUGCAGUCUUUGGAAAGAAGAUCGAGCCUUCCGAUCGGCCCGGUCAAAGUGGCUAGUUCAACGGAAACAGCAAAACAUAGCCCUGCCGUCACGCGCUCUAAGACAUUCGCAUUCAAAUCCCCUAAGACCCCAGGGUCUGCAGGUCAAAGGUCAUCAUCGCUGACUGCACUUGUAAGGUCAUCACAGAGCAGCUCACUGGGAUCCGUUAUCAACUCUAUAUCAGGCAUCAAGAUGGACUCUCUCCUGUUGGGGCCAAAAGUAGAUAUGCUUAAGUCAGGUAUGAAGCAGGCAGCCAAUGUGGCCAGUAAGAUGUGGGAUGCAGUGGCCUCAGCUUACUCCUACUCAGAUGAUGAGGAGGAUAACUCACAGCCCCGAGACAGUUUCCCAGCAAGGCUAGAAGAGCAGUUGCUAUCUGCAGAGGGAGCAGCAGAGAACACUUUACCCAGAGGCCUGAUGCCUAGCCUGGCCUCAAAUGGGCUCACGCACAGCAAUACCAGCCUGGGCGGCAGCAGUGAUAGCAGCGAUACCGGCCGCGCACAGCUGUCGACACCUUUGACUCCAGGUCGAUCAAUGAGAAGUGCAGACUCAGAGAGGUCUGAACAUAGUUCCUCUCAUCAUGCCAGCACCUCCAGCAUUUACCAGAAUUGUGCUUUAGAGGUUCUAAUGUCCAGCUGCUCUCAGUGUCGGUCUUGUGAGGCUCUGGUGUAUGAUGAGGAGAUCAUGGCAGGCUGGACAGCUGACGACUCCAAUCUCAACUGCACCUGUCCUUUUUGUCAAAUCUCUUUUCUCCCUCUGCUCCAUGUUGAGUUCCAUGACUUGCGCGCUACACCAGGUUAUAAUCAGGGGCGCUGUACGGGGGUGCAGAGUAUGCCAAGCAUAUGGGCCCAGGAGGCUAGGGGGCCCCAAAUCACGACUUUGGAUUUUUGGUGUGGCUUCUACUUGACAAGCACAUCAGGAGACAGUAUCCACAGCUCCAGCACACAGCCAGCCACCUCUGGCUCCUCAGAAGUGAAAGCGGGCUGUCCUAGUGAGCCUCCAGAACUCAUGAGCUUUCCAGAAUCUCCGGAGGACAGCAAGGGUCCUGUCGAGAUGCCUGUCGCUCAAAGUGGAACCCCAAAGAUCCUUGUACCAGAGCCAGUACAUUCAGACCCCCUGGGUCUCAUGGAGAGACAAGCUGAGAAACGCAACACUUUAACCAGGAGCAACAGUGUGGGAGGCCCACUGCAGAGUCUGGACUUGAUCCAAAGACCCAAUCAUGGCAUAUCCACCACAAGCCUGCCCAACAGCCUACAAGAGGUGGCGGACACUUUGGGUCAAAAGUGGCCCAACCCAAAACCAGUUUCUGUGCCGUAUCUCAGUCCACUGGUCCUGCGCAAAGAGUUGGAGUCGCUGUUAGAGAAUGAGGGGGAUCAGGUAAUCUAUACCCAUAAGUUCCUCAGUCAGCACCCCAUUAUCUUCUGGAACCUGGUGUGGUAUUUCCGCCGUUUAGAUCUGCCCAGCAUUCUGCCUGGACUCAUCCUUACCUCUGAACACUGCAACAAUGGAGUACAGCUGCCGCAGACAUCUCUGUCUCAGGACAGUAAGCAGGUGUUUGUGCAGCUGCUGUGGGACAAUGUCAACUUACAUCAGGAGCCCACCGAGCCCCUCUAUCAGCUCUGGAGGACCUUCUUGCAAAGGAAGGGAACUCUAGCCCCCACUGACCACCAGGAGACUCGAACUCUACUGAACAGCAUUGUACGCAGCAUUCAGACGAACGAUGUUUACGGCCCCAUCAACUUGCUCCUUAGGGAGAUCAAGAAACACCCGGAAGUUAAACGCCAGAGGAGUAUCUAUAGGGAAAUUCUGUUUCUGUCACUUGUUGCUUUAGGAAGGGAGAACAUUGAUAUAGAAGCAUUUAAUCGUGAAUACCGUCUUGCAUACAAUGGGCUCAGCGCAGAACAGCUUAAAGCCCUAUCCCCCAUUGACAGACCACCUAGCAACAGUGUGCAGUGGUGCCUCAAGUGCUUUGGAGCCCCGUUCGUCUGAUCUGCUCCUCCGACCCACAGUAACUGUAAAAACCCUGUAAGUCAGGGACAGGAUUGUACAGUAAUUUCUUUCAAUUGCACCAUCACCUGAAAUGGUACUUUUUUUAUCAUCUACCAGAAUAAAAACAAAUUGCCGUCUUUGCUCUGAAAUUCCUGAGAGUGUCAUGGCAUCGGCCAUACAGCGGGGUAGACACUGCAUUUUACUGUCAGUCUUCAGAUGUUGAACACUGCCACUUGUGUGUGAGCCCUUUUCUACUUCCUGCAGUGGAAGUAAAUGAAAGACCUGAGUGAAAAUGAAAAAUCUUCUCACUGUAAGAUGUCUCUCUACACCACCUUUCACUCUAGCUUCUCUCUUCAGCCGACCUGUGGAAGGAUUCUAUGGAUAUGAAGAGAGCAUUCUGAAGAGAGGUGUCAGUGACAAUGAUCUUAUUUGAUGUGCACUUUCAGAAAUGGUUGCUUUAUCGUUCUCUAUUGUCACCAUGUGUUUUUAUAUCUAUAUAUAUUUUUUUCUAUAUUGGGAUAUUUGAACUCUGUUGCCUUUCUCUAAGUGAGGGAUCUUUGACUAGAUUUCUGUGGAGUCUUAAACACGUAGCCCUUCGACGUUAAUGUGGGCUGUCAGUUUCAAGGUGAGAGGUUUGUGUGUGUGAGUGUGUAUGUGCGUGUACAUUAGAUAGACUACACCUUAAAGUGAUAUAAUGUGAGAGAGGACAAUCAGAUGAAUUCCAGAACAUUCCAGAAAGUGUCUUAAACAGAGGCUAGUAUCAAUAUGAAUGAUGGUAUAGUGAUAAACUGUUGAUUUGUUUUUAAAAAUACAUACCUUAAACCUAAAUGUAGGAUAAUGUAUUGUGGAAAAUAACGUGAAAUACAUCCGGAAUGGAGGAGACAAUUUAUGAAGUAACUCUUUAUUAAUGCAUUCACGCACACAUACACACAGAGGUUUUUUUUUUUUUUUUUUUUUUUUUUUUUUUUUUUUUAAAUACACAUGCUUUGAUUAAAAGACAUAAAUGAAUUUCAUAAUCUGUAUUAAGAAAUUACUCUUUAACACAGAAAAAUGUCCAUAGAACCUCAAACAAGAAUAUAUCUCAAAAUAUUUUUUAAACUUGCUUUUUAAUCUGCUAGAUGACUUUAGUUAUGGCAAAUUAGUGUCCAUUCAUUUUAUUGAAAUCUUUUUUUUUUUUGGUCCCAUUGUACAAGUGAAUCCAAAGGAUGUAAAAAUCUUCAAGUCAAUGCCAUUAGUGAAUGAAUCAGUGAAUCGAAAUAGUUCUUGUGCCUUGUUAUCAAGUCAAGGUAGGACUUGUGGAUUUGUAAAAAAAAAAAAAAAAAUUAAGAUUAAUUUACUACUAAUAAAUUAACAUGAGCAAUU